AUGGGUGGAAAAAUUUCAACCAGAGGAGAUGUAUAUAGCUAUGGAAUUCUGCUUUUAGAAUUGUUGACAAGGAGGAGACCAACAGAUAAAAUGUUUGUAGAAGGUAUUAAUCUGCCAAAAUGGGCAAGCAUGCAUUUUCCAAAUAAGAUCACAGAAGUGGUGGACAACCAGCUGCUUAGAAAUGUUGAAGAGUUAAAUAAAGUAAUGGUAUUGGGAUGUCUUUCUGAAUUCAUGCAAAUAGGGUUGAUUUGCGCAAGGGAAGAUCCACACCAACGCCCAACAAUGGUGGAGACUGUUCAGAGAUUAGAAAAAAUAACUAGUGUAUUUCUUGGUAUUCCUAGAGCUUUUCAUUUGCCCAUAGAUAUCUCACCUUUGCUUGAGGGUACCAGUAAUCCAAGAAAUACCAAUGAAGAAAAUUUUGAAAGUUGGUCAACAUCUACAUCUUAG